GAACUACUUUCAGGAAACUCGCGCGCGGGGCAGGCGGCGGGCGCCGCGGGGAGGGCGGCGGCGCGGGGCCAAGGGGCUUGCGUUCUGCCCCCUCGCCCGUCCCUCGCCUCCCUCCCUCCCUCUCCCCCGUGGUUAUUUUGGAUCAAGCUGUGGCGGCGGAAGGAGCUUGAAGUCAACGCUUCCGCCCAGUUUUCCUGUGAGGAGGCGGCGGCGGCCGCUGCUGCUGCGAGGAGCCGAGGCGGCGGCGGCCGCUAAUGGAGUUGGUGCCGGGGAGGGAGCGCGGCCGCUGAACUUCUGCGCUGAAGCUUUCUCCCUCCUCUUCCCCUCGUCCUUCGGCCGGGGGGCUCCUGGCUCGGCCCGGCAGCUCCUCUUCCCCUCCCUCCCCGUCCCUUUCCUCGCACAAACAGCCGUGACGCAUCCUCUCUCUCUCCCUCUCCUCCGUUCCCCCCUCCUCUCCUUCCCACCCCCAGGCUGGUUUAAAACGCCUCCCUCCCCCCGUCACCAGCCUUCUCCUUGGGGCCGGCUCGUCCUCCCUGCGCAGUGCUCGGCGUCGCUUUGGAAGGGGUGGGAGAGCCCAGCCGAGCCGCUCAGCCCCCCUCUCUCUUCCCCCCUCUCCCCCCCCGCCCCCUUUCCCGCCCCAGCCUGUGGCGGCUCCGGUGUCUGGAGGAAUUUGUGCCGCCGCCUGCCCCGGCUGGGCGCGGGAGGCGGCCGAGCAGCGGCAGGAGGGCCACGGCGAAGGAAGGCUGCAGCGGGAGAUGAGCUGCAGCGGGAGGACGGUGCGGUGCAGCUUUUUGCGGCGGGGAGCCCUCCCUUGUCUCCAGCACUCCGUUUCCCUUUAAGUGGGAGCAGCUCGAGAGGAGAAGAUCUGUGGUUGUUGCUGCUGUUUCCACCGCUGCCUUCACCACCACCACCAUCAUCAUCAUCAUCAUCAUCUCUUAAAGACAGGGGAAAUACAUUCCGGCGCCGGACAAGGAUUUCAUGUUUGCAGGAUAAAGAUCGCUGCCUUCCCCCUCCCUCUCCUUCGCUUUGCCACACUGCCCGUGCCCUGGCCGGGGGCGGCAGACCGUGGGGGGGUAACAAUGGUGAAGUUUCUGGUGAGUUCUGGCUGCGCCCUGGCUGCGUCGGUGCUGCUCCGUCUCCCUGUCGGAUCGCGGUGAGGAGAAAAUGAGCGAAGAGACGGCGACUUCUAACAACGAUAAUAGUUAUGCACGAGUGCGAGCUGUGGUGAUGACCCGGGAUGACUCAAGUGGUGGAUGGUUACCACUUGGAGGGGGUGGCCUGAGCUGUGUCACAGUCUUCAAAGUCAUUCCCCAGGAGGAGAAUAGCUGUGCUGAUUUUCUUAUCCAUGGAGAACGACUCAGGGAUAAAACGGUGGUCUUGGAGUGCACGCUGAAGAAGGACCUGGUUUACAACAAAGUUACUCCUACGUUCUACCACUGGAAGAUCGAUGACAAGAAGUUUGGCCUCACCUUUCAGAGCCCUGCUGAUGCCAGAGCCUUUGACAGAGGCAUCCGGAGAGCUGUAGAGGACAUUUCUCAAGGUUAUGCACCCUCCCAGAAUGAGGUUGAAGUGGCAGAGGACUGCCUUCAAGCUACUCAAGAAAACACAUCAGGUUCAUUGAUGAAAGAUCACCUGUUCCAGCAGGACACUGUGGUGACCAGUGACCCUUACAGCAGUGCCAACUUAAGGCCUUCAGCACUGGAGGAUUUCAGCAGCAGGAGAGCCUGUUUGCCUAGCCAGCCCAACCAGGUGCCCCUGAAGUCCCUCAGGCACGUCAGCUUCCAGGACGAAGAUGAGAUUGUGAGGAUCAACCCUCGGGACAUCCUGAUCCGGCGGUAUGCGGACUACCGGCACCCCGACAUGUGGAAGAGCGAGCUGGAGAGGGAGGAGGCAGACUCACACCCCCCCUUUUCUAAAGCAGACAGUAAAAAGCCUGACUAUUUAUACCCCUGUGGGGAUGGAACUAAGUCCAACUCCCUGAAAGACUCCAAGAGCUCUGUGGUAUUUAAAUCUCAGCCCUCCUCGUCCAAACUGAAGAGCUCCAAGAGGAGGAAAGAGGAGGGGGAGCGCUCCCGCUGCGUCUACUGCCAGGAGAGGUUCAACCACGAGGACAACGGGCGAGGCAAGUGCCAGGACGCCCCAGACCCCAUCAAGAGAUGCAUCUACCAAGUCAGCUGCAUGCUGUGUGCAGAGAGCAUGCUCUAUCACUGCAUGUCAGACUCGGAAGGAGACUUCUCCGACCCCUGCUCGUGCGACACCAGCGACGACAAGUUCUGCCUGCGCUGGUUGGCGCUGGUGGCCCUCUCCUUCGUGGCUCCCUGUAUGUGCUGCUACCUCCCCUUGAGGGCCUGCCAUCACUGUGGGGAGCUGUGUGGGUGCUGUGGAGGGAAGCAUAAAGCUGCAGGAUGAGUCAGCCCUGCUGCCAAACAGAGCUUGUGGAGAGGAAAAAACACCACCACCACCGACGGCGACGACGACGACGACUGAAAUCUUUGAGGCAUCCGGCCGGGGGUUGAGGAAGCUCUUCCUGUGGCAAGCUCGAGGGGGAGAGAGAGAGGGAGAGAGGGAGAGAGGGAGAGAUGCUUGGUGUGGAGGAAGGAAGCAAGGAAGACUUGUCAGACCCUGGGCAUUUUCCAAGUGCUAGCCAUGCCUGACUCUUCCCUUGGGAGCUGCGAGUUGCUGGAGGAGGUUUCUGGGCUCGGUUUUUAUCUUCAUUUCUUUUCGACGGGGAUUGAGACCCAAAACGCAGAGCAGAGGAAGGAAGCCUUGUGGUGAUCGUUGGCUCUAAAAUGAGUGCUCUAAACUCUGACCAUACUAAAAGGGAUUAACUUGGGGGCCACUUUGGACACG